AUGAUGGAAGCGAAGGUCAAGGCGCUGGAGCAUGAGCGUCGGCUCUCAAGAGCCCGUGGCGAGCAAGCGCUGGAGUAUGCUCGCGCUGCCGCAGAGCUGUACAUGCAGGUAGCAGAGCGGGCAGCCUUGCAGGAGCGUAAGCUUCUCGUAGCAAAAAUCAAGGAGCUCAUCGAUCUAGCAGAGCUCCUCAAACGGAAUCCUGCAAAUCCUGCUACCACCAAACGCCCCAGCUUGCCUAUAUCGACUCGAGAGCGCACCAGGACGGAAGAAAUAGUUGUCCUGAGAGCUUCACGUCUUCAUGGGAAUACGUUUCCGCCAUGGAAGGAUCCGCCAGACGAAGAGUUCUCGAGAGCCAGCUGUCCGGAAGGAGUAUAUAUGUGCGUGAAGGAUGUCACCUUGACCAACAAGACCCCACUUACUGACCUCAAAGGCUUGCUCAGUGAUGACACGGCGUUUACCCUCUCCCAUGAACAACAGACUACAUUCUCUGGCUGGCGUCGUGCAGCUGAGCUAGUACCUCGCACUGAGAAUGGAAGCCUCGAAAAUGACGCUAAGCAGCUUAUGGCGGCCAAUUCCGAUUUAGAUCUAGCACAAGACCUUGCUUCGGACUGCUCCGUCGUCGCUAGCCUGUGUGCUGCUGCCCGGUAUUUCAGUCCUGGGCCAGGUUCGCUGUUGGGCUCAUUGAUGUACCCCUAUAAUCAUGAACUUAUGAGACCAGAUGUUUCCGAGAACGGGAAGUAUGCCUUUCGGAUGUACUUCAAUGGCACUUGGCGCAGGGUCACCAUCGAUGACCGUUUACCCUCCUCUUCAACCGAUCGUACCUUAUAUGUCGUCGACAGGCGGAAUCCCCGGCUUAUCUGGCCUGCUUUAGUUGAGAAAGCCUAUUUGAAAAUCCGCGGUGGUUAUGACUUCCCCGGAAGCAACUCUGGAACAGACCUCUACGCUCUCACUGGCUGGAUACCUGAGCAGAUAUUCCUUCAAAGUGAUGACUUUGAGUUGGACGAUACAUGGGAUAGGAUCAAAAAAGCCUAUGAUGAGGGAGAUGCAAUACUGACGUUAGGAACUGGUAAUAUUUUGCCUGAAGAAGAGCAGGCACUGGGCUUAGUCAAAGAGCAUGACUAUGCCGUCCUUGAUGUCAAAGUCGAGGCAGAAAGCCGUCUCCUUCUUGUCAAAAAUCCUUGGGUUGAUAGUUUGGUAUGGACCGGCAUUGGAUCCUCGGCAACGCUCCAGGCACACACAGUGGGAUCUACAUCAGAAGGGCAAUCCAAUCAGUUCUGGAUGGCCUUCGAGGAUGUACUUCAGCACUUUGACUCCCUCUAUGUGAAUUGGAACCCGGCGCUCUUCCUCUAUCGCCAGGAUCAUCAUUUCAAAUGGGACAUACCAGACAGUACCGAACAGCUGGUCUACACGCGCAAUCCCCAAUUCAGCAUUCUUUCACCUUCGAAGAGCUCUGUUUGGGUGCUGCUCAGUCGCCACUGGCAAGAUGGGGAACUCGAUAUUCUUCGUGCUCGGAGAUCAGAAAGGGACCACCAUGGUCUCUCGCUUGCCGCAGUAUCAAAGCAGCUAGGCUUCAUGUCGCUCUCCAUUUUUGCAUCCACGCCACCAGGGACACGCAUUCCCCUCGCCGAUGGACAUCACUGCCUGCAUCAGGGGCCUUACGUCGAUAGUCCGAACACACUCUUGCGCUACACUCCGACCCCAAAUAUCGCUCAAACCCUCGUUGUGACUCAAAGCGAACUUCCCCUCCCAUCCUAUUCCUUUACUCUCUCCUUCUUCUCACUCGACCCUCUAACCAUCAACCCCGCCGACGAGCCUCUCAAGCACACCACAACCGUCUCCGGAGCCUGGACCCGCCGCACAGCAGGCGGCAGCGCCGCUCACGCAACUUAUUUUACAAACCCGCAAUACGCCCUCACCUUAACCUCUUCCUCACAACUCACCCUCGUCCUAAGCACCUCCUCGCGUGACCUCCCCGUCCACAUUGCCCUCAUUUUUUCCCCACAAACCGCCCUGCGCGGCCGCUGCAUCACCUCCCUCCACGGCCGCGACAUCCUAUCCGCCAGCCCUGAAUACCAGCGCGGUUGUACAUUCCUCUCAGUCCCCCUCCUUGACGCAGGUAUCUACACCGUCGUGCUGUCAACGUAUGAACCGGGGCAGACAGGACAGUUCACACUCCGCGUCAGCGCGGAUGCUGAAAUCGCCCUCAGCCCGUUGCUGGCUGAUUCCGCGGGGAUGCUGCGCACCCCGGCUCCAAAGCCAGCCGUGUUUCGCUCAUCGGGUGAGCAUAGACUGCGCAUGCGUCUUUCCGUUGUCCGGCUGACGAGGUUGUGCAUCCUCGCCCGAUCUGGAGCGCCCCCUGCGGCAAGUGAGCUUCCCAUGUUCUCAUCAUCAGGUCAUCGUCCUGCCCUUGGACCUGACUCUUGCAUUACAUCGGGAACAGCAAUCCGUAUCUCCCUCGAACUCGGCACCGGACCGCAUAGGAAAGUCCUAGCUAUGUCUGGCCGUUCUUUACACACUAACGACGGCAACAUCGACCACAAUGAGGAAGGGGAGUUCGCCGACGCAACAAUGGGGUUAUGCACGGGUGAAGCGGACGUUGACCCGGAACUUGUGAGGGCAUACGGACCAGGUGGGCUAUGGGUUGUCGUGGAGAGAAUUGGGGGCGGUACAGUAACUGGUGAUGGUGAUGUAGCAGGCAACAGUACUGAAAGGGGAUUGCACGAAGGAGUAUAUGUAGAGGUGUUGAGCGAUGGGGCUGUGCAGUUUGGGAAGGUAUGGGAGAACGCAGAUGAGUGA